AUGUCUGAACUUCCACCUCCAUCGACACCACUGUCCGAGUUUUUUUCUCCGAUUAUGUUGGAAAACGAUGAUGAUUACGAUACUGGUGUCCCUGUCCAAAACCCACCAAAGCCCAAGAAGCUCAAAGUUCCCAAAACUGAGGCCGUCGAGAGGCUCCGCGAGCAACGAUUUAGCGCUAUCCUCCUCAAUGUGAAGGAAUUACAGAAAAACUUGAACAAAACUCUUCUUCAUCCGGACAAAUAUCCACGACUCGAGCUUCCCUCUGAUCUUGAUUCAACUAUACCCAUAGAGACCGACUAUCUCGAACGCAUCUUUCAUCACCACAGUAAGCAAGGAUUGAUACCCUCGUACUUCCGGCAGCUUCUGUCAGAGAGGGAGUCUCCUUCUGACAACAAGUUCUACCUCGAGAUUAUGGGUUCUGUGGCGUACAGUCUUCACCAACCAGCUAUCAGAUCGACAGGGCCCGACCGACUUCAGGACUUACGAAACUCUCUAGAGCGAUAUAUGGACAUACAUAUUGCCAACCGUGGAAGUCUCGAAAGUCUCCCUUACAGCUCCUUCUGCAUCGUUGAGGCAAAUAUGAAGGAUGAGAUCCCUGUCCAUUACGGACAGACGGCCCAUCUCCGCGCCGUUGAACCACGGCUCACACCCGCAGAGCGGGAUAUGAACGUCCUCUACCGACAAGCAUUGAUUUAUGUAGGCACUCAUCUCACAGAGAAUCAACCCACAGAGUUUCAUCUCACGGAGACCAGCCAGACCACUCGAAGACCAACUCAGUGUGCCGAGGUCAUUGCUUGGCCGUUUAUUAUGCAGUUUGCUCGGGAUUUUCUUCGCAAAGGUCAAAAAACCAAAAGGAUUGAGAUUGUGUCGCUUACUUUAAGCAAGUCCGAAGGCCGGCCGGCAAUACCAUUCUGCACCAAUUGCAGUAUGCGUGCUAAAGGUAGGUGCAACGAAAUCUUUGGCUUGCGAAUUGUCGAUGCCUCCCGGGCCCUAGGCCCGGAUAUCUACCAGUCAGAAGAAACGUUGUCCAAGUGGUCCGAGCUUGAAGACUGA